UGUAUUAGGAUACCUACUACUACAGGCUUUUGAUAUAGAUAUUACUUGAUCAUGUUGAAGAUCGCUUUGAUUUUUCUUUUGUCCUACGUUAAUUGUCGAGCCGGGAAGCCAGGAUGCUUAAAGAACCACCUAAUAAAAGAGAUGGAGAGAAACUUGAAGGAUCUUCAAUCUAUGCAUGUUCACAACGGUGAGAACUCAGGCGAGACGUAUAUCAGAUGGGGUAAAACAUCAUGUCCAGAGGAGUCUACGCUAGUUUAUGAUGGAUAUGCUGCUGGAAAGCAUCAUGGUAUUGGUGGGUCUGGGUCAAAUAUUCUCUGUUUACCAAAGAAGCCUGAAUGGAAAGAUUAUAAAGACGGACUGAACACAUGGAGAGGUAAACUAUAUGGUAUCGAAUACGAGAUCUUUCAAAACAAGCCAUAUCCAAAUACGUUUCACGAUAAAGAUAUCCCAUGUGCUGUAUGUCUGUCUACAAGAUCAACAGUUUUGAUGGUACCAGGUAGACUUACAUGUCAUGACGGGUGGGAUAAGGAAUUCUCUGGGUAUCUUAUGUCACAGUCAAGUACAGAUGGUCGUACUCCAUCAGAAUACAUCUGUGUUGAUGAGCAGUUGGAAUCUGUGCCUGGCGGGGAUUCGAAUCGUAAUGAGGUGUCGUGUAUCCAGUGGAAGCCGUUUGUGGAAGUUUAAAAUGUCCACCGUACGUUAAUGGCAGAGAGCUUACUUGUGUUGUCUGCUCCAAGUGAAA